UAGUAUCUUACAGACAGUAGGAAUUCAGUAAAGUAUGACAACAAAAGUGAGGGAAACUCAGAUUUGUCUUGUAGUGUUCAUAGGAUUGCCAGGAAGUGGCAAGACUACGCUUUGUAGAUUACUUCUUGAAUUUCUUAGAACUUCAUGUAAAUCACUGAGUGACAUUUUGCACCACACCAUUUCCAUAUGUUAUGAUGAACUGAUACCAGCUGAUAAAUUCAGAUACCAGGAUGAGAGCAGUCAGUGGAAGCAAGCUCGCAGAGGUAUUGUAAAUUACGUGAAAAGUCUUGUGUUUACUUUGAAAGAUAUUGAAGUACUGAACAUGGUGAACAGUCUUGAAGUGGCUGUUAGAGAAGAACUGUUAAAGGUAGUUCAGAAUGAAAAGAAGACAAGAGUGUAUAUAAUUGUUGAUGAUAAUAUGUAUUACCGUAGUAUGCGAUAUGAAUAUUACCAACUUGCAAAACUUUACAGUUUCAGCUUUUGUCAGAUUUUUGUCCAAUGUAGUGUCAGUGAUGCCCUGAACCGUAAUUCAAGUCGUGAACAGAGCACAGCUGUACCAGAAGAAAUAAUCACAAGAAUGGCUGAAAGACUGGAACCUCCUGAUAGACAAAAUAAUCCAUGGGAGAUAUUUUCACUCACAGUCCCUUCUGAAAAGUGGACUGUUGCAGAGAUAAAGAAGAUUAGUCUCUUUCUGAAUAAUGCUGCUGAACACCCUGUUGUGAUGCCUGAGAGAAACAAUGAAAUGUGCCAAGAGUCAAGAAGAAUAUGCUCAACAAAUGUGAUUCACCGAGUGGACAUAAUGUUACGAAAACUUGUAGGAGACAGGAUGAGGGAAAGAAGUCAGACCAGUGUACAACGUGAUGAUCUCCAAGAACUGUCCAAAGCAUUCACUGACUUAAGACAUCAUAUCCUUGAAGGAAUUAGAACGGGAACAAUUAUAAUUCCAGAAGAUACCUACGAGGCCAUUAACUUAGAUCAAUCAAAUUGUGGACACAGGCUGCAAGAUUUUCUAAAUGGUUUACUUACAAUUAGCUAGUAGAAAAGUCAUUACGUAUUUAAACAUUGUGUUCUUUAGUUUACAAUUUCAUUGUAACUAAAAUUACAAAAUUAUGAAAAAUAUUAUAAGUCUUAUGUACACUGCAAAAAUUUAAAGUAAUAUAGCAUAUGAUCAGUUA